GAGAUGGCAGGAACCAUGCAGACGGCCUUGUAUAGCUGAGGUCUGGCAGCCCUCAAUUUUUAACAUCCGGACUCUGGGCCUAAGUGGAUUUCUUUGCAGGCUCCUGGAGACUGGGGAUAAAGCCCUUCAGAGAUGAAAUGGACAUUUCCUUUGCUCCUGAAGGACAUUUCCUUUGUUCCCUUCGAUGCCCCUAAGACCUUCAUGAUCACAUCUUUGAUAGAGGAACAUUGAUGUGAGAGAGAAACAUUGCUUGGUUGCCUCCUGUACAUACCUGGACCAGGGAUCUGACUUGCAACCUAGCAUGGGGCACGAGAGUGAAAAUGACAGCUCAGAAUAUUCCUGAGGAAGAACUACCCUGUGUUGUGGAAAUGGAAGGGUUUACAAGAGAGGGCCUCCAUUUCUCCAUUCUAGGUGACAGUUGGGACUAUAAGAACUGGGAGGGACACCUGAGGCAGUCAGCUUUAAGUCAGGAAAAGUCAGGGGCUCAGGAAGCAAUUUGUGAGUAUCCUGGACUUGGGAGGCCUUUGAAUGCAAGCUCAGACCUUUUACCCUCUCAGAGGAUCCCUACAUCAAACAGUUUCCAUAUACAUGACUCAGAGGUUAGAAGUUUGGAUUGUGACUCAGCUUUACCCAGUUCUCAGAAAAGUUUUGUAGCUAAGAGAACUGGUGACACUGAUGCCUGUGGAAAAGCCUCCUGCCGUUCCAUGGACGUUAUUCAACAACUUAGAAGAAAUCAAAUGAGAGAAAAACCCUAUAAAUACCCUGAAAGUGUUGAAUCUUUCAACAAUUUCAUUCCUCUUGGUGAACAAAAAAUAACAAAAAGAGGGGAGAAACUGUAUGAAGGCAAGGACUUUGGGGACAUCUUUACCUUAAGUCCAUCUCUUAAUGUAAACAGGAGGAGUCUCCCUGGAGAGAAGCUGUACAAAUGUACUGAAUGUGGCAAAUGCUUCAAACGGAACUCUUCUCUCGUUUUGCAUCACCGAACUCACACUGGAGAGAAACCUUAUACCUGUAACGAGUGUGGAAAGUCCUUCUCCAAGAAUUACAACCUGAGUGUGCAUCAAAGAAUCCACACAGGAGAGAAGCCCUACAAAUGCAGUAAGUGUGGGAAAGCCUUCAGUGAUGGGUCAGCUCUGACACAACACCAGAGAAUUCACACUGGGGAGAAACCUUAUGAAUGUCUAGAAUGUGGAAAAACAUUCAACCGAAACUCAUCUCUGAUUUUGCAUCAAAGAACUCAUACAGGGGAAAAACCAUACAGAUGUAACGAAUGUGGGAAGCCUUUCACGGACAUCUCCCACCUCACCGUGCAUCUCAGAAUCCACACUGGGGAGAAGCCCUAUGAAUGUAGCAAGUGUGGAAAGGCUUUCCGGGAUGGCUCAUACCUCACCCAGCAUGAGAGGACUCACACUGGAGAGAAGCCCUUUGAAUGUGUGGAGUGUGGAAAAUCCUUCAACCGUAACUCCCACCUCAUUGUGCAUCAGAAAAUCCAUUCUGGGGAGAAGCCCUAUGAGUGUAAAGAGUGUGGGAAGACUUUCAUUGAGAGCGCAUACCUCAUCAGGCACCAGAGAAUUCACACUGGUGAGAAGCCAUAUGGCUGUGACCAGUGUCAGAAACUUUUCAGGAACAUUGCUGGCCUCAUCCGGCACCAGAGGACUCAUACUGGUGAGAAGCCCUAUGAGUGUAGUCGGUGUGGAAAAGCCUUCAGGGACAGCUCCUGUCUGACCAAGCACCAGAGAAUUCAUACCAAGGAGACCCCGUACCAGUGUCCAGAGUGUGGGAAGUCCUUUAAGCAGAACUCCCACCUUGCAGUACAUCAGAGACUCCACAGCAGGGAGGAUCCCAGCCAGUGUCCUCAAUGUGGGAAAACAUUCAGAAGGAGCUCAGCCCUGGUCCGACAUCAGAGAACACACGCUGGAGAGCAUACCAUGGAUACAUAAUGAAUGUGGGCACACUCGUUUCCUGAGUCCUCUUGAAAAUCUGUGUGAAGGAGGGGUGUCUUUGGGAAGGCUCUUCCCUCAAUAUAAAAAAAAAUUUUUUUUAAAGGAAAAAAGUCACUUGCAUUGUCACGCCUGUGAUAAUCAUCAUUCAGCAACAUUCUGGUGACCAUCCUUCUUCCACCUCUAUGUGUACAUAAUUUUGCAUGGAUGGAAUCACAUUACACACAUGGUUUUUUAAAUACAGAAACUUAUUUUUAAAUGUUUCUCUGCCUUAUCCAGUGAAUUGAAUGUGAGACAGUCCUUAGCCAUACCAUUAAGUCACUAAAUUCCUGGAGGGAAUACAGAACGGUAAUCAAUGUGGAAAAGGCUUCAGGGAUGAUCGGCCUAUACCAAACAUGAUAGCACAUACACUGGAAUAAAACCUGUGGGUGUCAGGAAGAUGCUUCUCUGGAGAUAGCCAGCUGCUCCUGCGUCAGUGUGCGUAAACUGGAAAGAACCUGUGAAUGUGUUCUGUAGCCAAUCGGGGCUGGGAAUCCUUUAAUUGGGAGUGUCUACCAUAUUGUACAUAUGCAAACUCUUAGCAGAAUUGAAUGCAAUCAGAGCAGCUUUUGGCAGGAGGUCUUAAUUACUUGUCUGUAUUAGCAAAGAUACGCUGGUGAGAGCCUCCCACCAUGCUCCCCACCACAGCAAGCACAGAAUUAGAGUAGAUUGCUAUUUGGUUGUAUUUCAGUGUUAUAGUCCUGCCAGGUGCGGAGGACUCAUUUCAGAAGAGACACUUGGAUGAGCAUGUUGUGACUGUGCAGUGAUAUCCCUCUUAAGAAAAGACUGAAGUGGUCUUGUACAAGGAUGGAACGGGCUGCUGUAGAAAUGUGAUACACUGCUUUAGUUGUUGAAACAAAAUGACUGAGUUAUGUUUACUUUUCUCCCCUGUUCACUUAGGACACCUCUGGUUUGUUCUGUGCUGAACCAUAAUUCUAAAGGUUUUGUAUCCAUAUUGAAAUGUUAUAACAUGGCAGGCAACAAAAAAAGUGGCAUAAAGGAGAUUUGCUGUUAUGACAGCCGUGUGAAGGUAUAUUUACAUGUGGUUGUAGAGUGGACGAUAAUGGAGUAAUAAAUGUGGUUUUCUUAAGGAACUGCAAUUGUGUAUGAUUUUUUCUCUUUUACACACACAUUGUUACUAUAAUAACUUGAUAAGAAAUAAAAAGGUGAAGCCAAAA